AAAAUGAAUGAUGGUGAAAUCAGAAAUAUAGAUGGAGUUAGUAUAAGAAACCAGCAGACAAUCGAUUUAGAAGUUGGGGAGGAAAGCUCUCAGACUCAAAUUUUGAGAAAACGAGCCUUAAAAACUAGGCACAACCAUUCAUUAGAACUAUCAGAGAGUUACUAG